AUGGUUGAAACACGGCGAGAGAACCAAUUGCAGUCCCAGAGACAUAUCCUAGCAUGCAGUGCCACUCUUUUAGUGUCUCUGUGGCACUGCUACCUGCCGUUAACCCACUGUAUGUCCACAGAGACUCGCAUGGCCCUUGGAAUAUCUCUGUCAAAUCACAGUCAAUUACAGCCGGUCCUUCAGGUGUCAAUAUCACUCAAUAAAGUGGAACUGAGUGUUGGAGAGUCUAAAUUCUUCACAUGCACAGCCAUUGGUGAGCCGGUGAGCAUAAACUGGUUCAGUCCUCAAGGUGAGCGCAUGAUUUCAAACCACAGAGUGAUUGUGCAUACGGAAGGUGUGCGGUCCAGGCUGACGAUCUACAAUGCCAUCAUUGAGGAUGCUGGGAUAUACCGAUGCCAGGCUGUGGAUGCCAAAGGACAAAGCCAGGAGGCCACGGUGGUGCUGGAGAUUUACCAGAAGCUGACGUUCCGCGAGGUGAAGACGCCACAGGAUUUUCUUCAUGGUGAUGAUGCUGAGGUCAUCUGCGAUGUCAUCGGUUCACCCGUGCCAGCCAUGUCCUGGUUCUACAAGAACAAAGAAAUCACAUCUGAACCCAACAGCAGAUUUCAGGUCCUUCCCACCAACAACCUGCAGAUCCUGAGAGUGAGUAAAGCUGAUGAGGGUGUGUAUCGCUGUGAGGCACGGGUUGAAGCCAGAGGAGAAAUCGAUUUCAGGGAUAUUGUGGUGCUGGUGAAUGUUCCUCCAGUUCUGUCAGUGCCCCAGCAGUCCUUCAAUGCCACCGCCGACUAUCAGGAGUCAGUGACAUUCACCUGCAUCACGUCCGGCUCCCCUGACCCUCAGGUGACCUGGUACUGGAAGGGUCAUGUGAUCAAGCGAUCAGAGCAGUAUGUGUUAAACACGCAGGAUGGGGGCAAAAGCACGCUAACCAUUAAAAACAUCCGGAAGGGGGACGGAGGGCUGUACUCUUGCCGCGCGAGCAACAAGGCUGGGAGCUCCGAGGUUCAGCUCUUCCUUAAAGUGUUCGUCCAGCCUCACAUCACUCAGCUGAGGAACGUGACAGCAGUGGAGGGAAGCGCUGCUAUGAUAGCCUGUACAGCCGAGGGAGAACCGCUGCCUGAGAUCUCAUGGAGGAGAGCCAGUGAUGGACAGACGUUCACAGACGGAGAUAAGAGUCAGGAUGGCCGUGUGGAAGUGCGAGGACGCCACGGAAAAUCCAUGCUGACUAUCAGCGGGGUUCGACUGUCAGACUGUCAGGGCCGAUUCGACUGUGAAGCUCUCAGCAGGAUCGGAGGUCAUCAGAAGAGCAUGUUCCUGGAUAUCGAGUAUGCGCCGAAGUUCCAGACCAAUCAAACCAUCUUCUACUCGUGGGAGGGCAACCCAGUGAACAUCAGCUGCGACGUGCAGUCCAACCCUCCAGCGACCAUGCUGUGGAGACGAGACCGGUUUACCAUUUCAAGUCAAGGGACCAGCAACAUCCGCAUUCACACCACAGAGGGCCGAUCGCUCCUAGAGGUCACACCAAUGUCGGACAGGGAUUUUGGACGCUACAAUUGCACAGCCAGAAACAACAUUGGUGCUCGAUAUCAAGAGUUUAUAUUAGCACAGGCAGAUGUCCCAUCACACCCGUACUCCAUUCGGUUGACCGCUGUCUCCCAACGUCUCGCCACCGUCACCUUCAUGAAGCCUGACUCUCACGGCGGCGUCCCCAUUAGCUAUUACAUCAUCAACUAUAAAGACACCAGCUCACAGGACUGGAGGACAGUGAGAUCACAUGGAGUUCAAACUACAUUAGUUCUUGCUAACCUGGAGCCCAACACGACAUAUGAGGUGCGCGUGGCAGCCAUCAAUGGAAAGGGUCAGGGUGAAUUCAGCCACACGGAAACCUUCCAGACGUUACCCAUCCGAGAGCCGAGUCCUCCGACAGUUCAUGGACAGAGAGUCGUUGGUAAGGCCUACGGACUCGGACUAAUCAAACAGGACGAUGGUGGGAUGCCCAUCGUGGAGUACAUCGUGAAGUAUAAAACGGAUAAAGAGGAGCAGUGGAUGACCAAGCUGGUUCCUGGCAUGAAUGAUUUUGCGCUGCUACAGCCGCUGCAGUGGAACACGCUCUACAUCGUGGAGAUCACUGCACGCAAUGUCAAGGGCUUGUCAGAGCCCACCUUCUUCCAGUUCCUUAUGCCACAGAAACCUGACAUCACAGAUUCCCUGUUCAGCGGCCUGGGCCUUGGCACGGUGGUGGGCCUCGGGGUGGCAGGUCUUCUUCUGCUGCUGGUGCUGGUGGACGUCAGUUGCUUCUUCUUGCGUCAGUGCGGCUUCCUCAUGUGCAUUACCCGCAAGCUCUGCAGCAAGAAAACCACCACCAGUGGCAAGAGCAAAGAGCUGGAGGAGGGCAAAGCAGCAUACCUGGUUGAUGGCUCAAAAGAGCCCAUCGUGGAGAUGAGAACUGAAGAAGAGAGAAUUACUAACCAGGAGGACGGCAGUCCAGUGCACGAACCCAAUGAGACAACUCCUCUGACAGAGCCAGAGAAACUCCCGUUGAAGGAGGAGAACGGCAAGGACGUGCUCAAGCCAGAUUUGAUCGAGAUCAAGGUCCACACGGACAACAGCAUCCACAAAAAACAGGACGACAGCAAAGCAUAAUGGAGCCCGGAGGCAUUCCCAGCCUGAACAAACUGAGACCAAAAUGUAGAAAACACAAAAUGUCAUAAGAGAAAUUAAAAGAGAGAGAUAAAAAAAAAAAAAUCUUUACAAUGGGUGACUGAUGAAGGGUGUGUAAACAUGUUCAAAUACAAACAGAGACCUGGGUGGGGUUUUUCUUUUUUCUUUUUUUGUGAUAAAUCUACUGUCCUUUCUAUUCACAAUGACUCCUUUUUGGUUGGCGUUGUGUCUUGGUGUUUUGGCUUUCCCAAUAAUGGAUCUCGUUUGGACCUGUUUGAAUUUCCAGGCCUUUCUUCUGUUUUCUAGGCAUGUUAAAUCCAGUUUCUGCCGAGAAGGACAUUGUGUUCUGUCUAUAAUCUUGAUAAUUCAGAUUCUGGGCUUCUCAUCUAAAUGUGUUAGAGACUUCAUUGUUUUUUUUUUUUUGUUUUUUUUUGUAGGAUAUCUCCACAGAAAGCCAUCGGCUUGUCCUCGGAAAUGACCCAAUGGAUUUCUCACCGAUUGGAUUUCUUCUAUUUUUCCAGGCAUGUCCAGUGAGAUCUAGACAAUACGUCUUAUAUAUGUUGACUUCUAAAGCUUGACGACUUCAUUGAUUCAUAUGUUCCAUCUUUCCGUCAUAAGUUUUAAACACAGGAAUCACUUCUCAAAAGAAAUCUGGGGAAAAUGUGUAGUAAAGUGACUGUGUAGUUUGGAUUUCAUUAACUGCCAUGAUGCCCGAUGGAAAUGCUCUUCUUAAUUUAUUUUGAUUAAUUGAUUAAUGUGGGCAUGUGUGAGUGUAUGCGAGUACAGCUAGAUUUACUCUACGCAAAUACACAAACAUAGAUGCGAAUGUUACAAUAAUGAGUUACAAUAAUGAGUUAUUGUACAUGUACUGUGUGUUUUUGUGUGGCUGUAGAGGGUGCUAGAAUUGGCUCCACAUUUCUCAAAAUGGGUCCGUUCUUUGUACGUGGCCUACUCAGAUGGAUUUUAUGGUUUGUGAUUUUACAUGAUCCAGGAUUGUUAAACUCUUCGAAGUUAAUCCUGGAGUUGCUGUCAUAGCAACAUGUCUGUUAGCUCAAACCUUUCAUUUUUAAUUUUAAAGGUGAUCCUUUUUUUUUUUCUUUUUUUUUCUUUUUUUUUAAGGCAGUCUGUUAUAUCUGGGGACUAAGAAACUUUAAUUAAUGCUCACACAUAUAGCAAAUAUGCUUAAAAAUUAAAUUUAUUGAUAAUUACAACAAUUUUGACACUGAAAAACGUAAAGCCUGUAUUAACAGUAGAAAAAAAAAAAAAAAAAAAACAAUGGGGAUCAUUUAAAAAAUGGUUACACUCCACGAGAAAUUGUAUGUCACUUUGCUUGAUAAGCUGUUUGCUUGAUCUUAAUUACAUGUCACUGCAUUGCUCGUCACGGUUUCGAGUAUCGAUAUAUCUGCCCUUUCCCAAUUAACAUGCAAUCUUGGAAAACUUAAUCCAGAUAUUUAAUCAAAUCCACAAACUUGUUUUAAGAACCAAAUUGGCCAGAA